CGCGGCGGCGCGUUUAUAAUCCGCUCGAGCGACGAGUAAACAACCGAAAGACCAACAGCGGAUGAUUCUCGUCAUUUCUCGGCGAGACUCGGCGCUCGGCGGACGUGGCUUCGGACGACGAGGCGACUGCUUUCCUUCCCAACCCGACCCGUCACCGACCCUGCGUGUAAAUGUUCACAGACAAGAUGAUGAUGUCCCCGUGGGACCGCUGGUACUCCACAAGCUGCUGCCUGUGCUGCCAUGUCCGCACAGGAACCAUCAUCCUGGGGGUCUGGUAUAUGCUCAUCAAUGCCGUGGUGUUGCUCAUCCUGCUCACGGCCCUCAGUGAUCCAGAAAAGUAUCAUCUGACCAGUGCCGAGUUGGCCAAUGACCUGGAUGUCAUGGAUGAUGCCAAAGCCAACCGAUGGAGAGCCCGCUUACAAGCAGAACAACCUUCCUGCUUCGACAGAGCAAAAAAAAAAAUCGAAGAGAGCCAAGUGCCCAAACCUGCGAAGAAGAAGAAGGCGAGGAGAGAGACAUGAGACGCCUCCGUAUGCAAGAGACUUCACAUCCUGCUUAUGCAACACCUUCUCUGACAGGGAUUUGGAACGACGGUCGCCGUUGACGAACUUUACCAGGAGGGAGGAAAAAAAAAAAACGUGUCCGAAAACAACUUUUUUUUUUUUUUUUAAAUACACAUCAUGUGCCAGUUUGGUGGAUCCUUGAAAAGUGAAAUUUUAAUGCAGUGCAAUCUAAUGUGAUGGGUGUUGAUGGUUUCUAUGUAUGCAUUUGAUCUUUCUGAUAAUGUCUUCUAAUUCCACUGAAUCAAAUAACUGAAGGAGCUGUAAUUUAGUCCUUAGACCUGUAGGAAAAAUACUGAUGAAGUUUAGAAAUCUGUGGCGGCGGCUGACGAGCGCCGCUCACUGUGCAGAGAGUAACUGUUUCUCAACACUGGGCCGAACGGGGUGAACCGGCCUUCUUUUAACCUGCUCUGAUGUCGGUGGUUUCAGACCAGCGGCUGGAAGCUCUACGAGAUGUAAACUGUCGUGAUGUAAAUGAGCCUCGUCAGGCACAGGAAAGGGACUCGCGUCGACUCCGCGGUUCUUGCUUUUUCUUCCUGUGAUUCUGGGGGAAAAAAAAAUGUCACCACCUCUGUCCAUCUUGUUCGUCUCGUCCGUUUUGCUGCCGUGUGUCGACAAAAUGUUCUCUUGCUGUCUUUUUUUUUUUUUACGGCCGGUUGCUGUCUUUCAGCCGCAGUCAUGCUGAAAGUUGGGGGCAUCUGAUGGCAAACGCGUCAUUGUUGUCAGCCUCUUAGUUUUGUUUUUGUUUUUUUUGUUUUCCACCUCUGCUUGAUUCAGAAGUCCUCAGAAUCGUUUUGUAAAACUUAUUUGUAAUAAAAGAAAAGCUAAAGCCAUAUGUAAAAAGACUAAAUAAAGGCCAGUUUUUCUAUC